GCCUCGCGCGACGCCGUGACGGAAGUGAGCGAGCACUUCCGCCCGCCAUCCCUGCCGGUUCCGACUGCUAGGUGUUUCUGUUCCCAGUACUGCAAUCAUGAAGGAUGUGCCGGCCUUCCUACAGCAGAGUCAGAGCUCCGGGCCGGGCCAGGCCGCCGUUUGGCACCGUUUGGAAGAGCUGUACACAAAGAAGUUGUGGCAUCAGCUGACCCUUCAGGUCCUUGAUUUUGUGCAGGACCCUUGCUUUGCACAAGGAGAUGGUCUCAUUAAGCUUUAUGAAAACUUCAUCAGUGAAUUUGAACACAGGGUAAACCCUUUGUCCUUGGUAGAAAUAAUUCUCCAUGUGGUUAGACAGAUGGCCGAUCCUAAUGUGGCUCUUACUUUUCUGGAAAAGACUCGUGAGAAGGUAAAAAGUAGCGAUGAAGCAGUGAUACUGUGUAAAACAGCCAUCGGAGCUCUAAAACUAAAUGUUGGGGAUCUACAGGCUACAAAGGAAACCAUUGAGGACGUGGAAGAGAUGCUCAACAGCCUGCCUGGUGUGACGUCAGUUCACAGUCGUUUCUAUGAUCUCUCCAGUAAAUACUAUCAAACAGUCGGGAACCACGCGUCCUACUACAGAGACGCGCUACGGUUUCUGGGCUGUGUCGACAUCAAGAAUCUGCCAGUUUCAGAGCAACAGGAGAGAGCCUUCACGCUAGGGCUUGCUGGACUUCUCGGCGAGGGCGUUUUCAACUUUGGAGAACUUCUCAUGCACCCUGUGCUGGAGUCACUGAGGAGCACCGACCGGCAGUGGCUGAUUGACACGCUGUACGCUUUCAAUAGUGGUGAUGUGGAUAGGUUCCAGACCCUGAAGACAGCCUGGGGCCAGCAGCCUGACUUAGCAGCCAACGAGACCCAGCUUCUGAGGAAGAUCCAGCUGUUGUGCCUUAUGGAGAUGACUUUCACGCGGCCUGCCAACCACAGACAACUCACUUUUGAAGAAAUUGCCACAAGUGCCAAAAUCACUGUGAAUAAGGUGGAGCUGCUGGUGAUGAAGGCCCUGUCGGUGGGGCUGGUGAGAGGCAGCAUCGACGAGGUGGACAAGCGGGUGCAUAUGACAUGGGUGCAGCCUCGAGUGCUGGACUUGCAGCAGAUCAAGGGAAUGAAGGAGCGCCUGGAGCUGUGGUGCACUGAUGUGAAGAGUAUGGAAAUGCUGGUGGAACACCAGGCCCAAGACAUCCUCACCUAGUACCCCAGGGUCCUGCAGAC